UUCCCAUUGACCUUGAGACGAUGACCACCUCGCAGAGCGUUUCAGUUUUUUUUCUGUUUUGCUGUUCUCUUUUCGGCGAGCUGUUCAGGCGAGAGUUGCAGGUCCUGUAAGCAAUGAGCUGCGCUGUUUGACGUCAGUCACGGUCAGUCAAAACUCGUGGGUUGAGUUCCCGGUUGUUGAGCUUUCAAGUUCUGUGAACACUCGUGUGUCGUUUCCAGCCACAUCUUGAGCUGAUCACUGUACUGUAAUUGUGUUGAACCAGCGGGAUGAGUUGUGUGGGCGCACUCUUGAUUAGCCAACUUUCCCGAUCAUAUGGAAGUUCCUUCACGCUGCAACUCUGAGAGAAUAUAGUAAAAGAUCUUCAUUAGUCCAAUCCACUAAUGUUUAGAAAGUCAAAUUAGUGCGUAUGAUCUUCAUCGUCCCUUUAUGUGGCCAUAAAUGCUAGUCACAAGCAUCGGGAGUAAGGGUGCUAAUAUCAAGCAAUUCGAGCUCGCUUGCUCGCUGGCCAAAGUGUGAUAUUGCCUGAAGACAUUAUAGCUUCCGCAACCAUCUGUCGAGAUUCCAAAUUGACACAAAUCAAAGCAGAGACGAGAAUCGCCAAAACCCAUGGGGGAAGAAGAUGUUUACACGAAAGAUGGAACGGUGGACUACAAAGGCAACCCUGCCAACAAAAAGAAAACUGGAACAUGGAAGGCCUGCCCCUUUAUUCUAGGCAAUGAAUGUUGUGAGAGGCUGGCAUACUAUGGCAUGAGCUCCAAUCUGGUGCUUUACUUCAAGAUCCGCUUACAUCAACACAGUACAACCGCUUCUAACAAUGUUACGAACUGGGGAGGAACGUGCUACAUCACUCCUUUGAUUGGAGCUUUUUUCGCCGAUGCCUAUCUAGGGAGAUAUUGGACUAUAGCAUGCUUCUCGAUUAUCUAUGUUCUUGGGAUGACACUGCUGACGCUCUCGGCAUCAGUCACGGGACUAAAGCCAACCUGUACAGGGAAAGAUAAUUGCCACGCUACGAAUAUCCAAAGCACAGUGUGCUUUAUAGCGCUCUAUCUCAUAGCCCUGGGGACUGGAGGGAUCAAGCCUUGUGUCUCAUCCUACGGAGCCGAUCAAUUUGAUGAUGCUGAUGAGGCUGAAAAGAAACGCAAGGGUUCUUUCUUCAACUGGUUUUAUUUCUCAAUCAAUAUAGGCGCACUCAUUGCGGGCUCUGUUUUGGUCUAUAUACAAGACAAUGUGGGUUGGGGAUUGGGUUUCGCCAUUCCAGCAGCUGCUAUGGCAAUUGCAGUAUGUACUUUCUUUUCGGGCACUCGCCUUUAUCGUAACCAAAAGCCUGGAGGGAGCCCCCUCACGCGUCUCUGUCAAGUGGUGGUGGCAUCCUUCAGAAAAUAUCGAGUGGAAGUACCGGCUGACAAGUCUCUCCUGUAUGAGACUGCGGACGCUGAGUCUGUAAUCAAAGGAAGCCGCAAGCUUGAUCAUACCCAAGAUUUGAGUUUCUUUGACAAAGCUGCUGUGGAAACACAAACAAAUCACAUUAAGGAACCCGUGAAUCCAUGGAGGCUGUGCACCGUCACCCAAGUGGAGGAGCUAAAGGCGAUCAUACGGCUGCUUCCUGUAUGGGCCACGGUAAUCGUCUUUUCCACUGUGUCCAACCAGAUGGGUACCUUGUUUGUUUUACAAGGCUAUACUAUGGACCCUCACGUUGGAAAAUCUAGCUUCAAAAUUCCAGCAGCCUCUCUCUCUAUCUUCGAUGUCCUCAGCGUCCUAUUCUGGGUCCCUGUAUACGACCGCAUCAUUGUUCCAGUGGCAAGGAGAUUCACGGGUCACAAAAGCGGUUUGACCCAACUGCAGAGAAUGGUGAUCGGCCUCCUCAUAUCCAUCUUCGCCAUGAUAUCGGCUGCAAUACUAGAGGUCGUUAGACUUAAGAUGGUAAGGAGGCAUGACUACUACAAUUACAAGUACGUACCGAUGUCGAUAUUCUGGCAGGUCCCCCAGUACUUCCUCAUCGGUUGUGCAGAAGUGUUCACGUUCAUUGGGCAAUUGGAGUUUUUCUACGAGCAAGCGCCCGAUGCCAUGAGGAGCAUGUGCUCCGCUCUCCAGCUCACGACAAAUGCGCUCGGAAGCUACUUGAGCUCGCUCCUUGUGACUAUCGUCACAGGUAUUAGUACAAGACACGGGAAGCUGGGAUGGAUACCGGACAAUUUGAACUACGGUCACCUCCAUUACUUCUUUUGGCUCUUGGCGGUCCUCAGCGUGCUCAACUUGGGAGCUUUUCUCUUGGUAGCAAGGUGGUACACGUAUAAGAGGGCGGUGGGGACGCUCCGCUGAAAGCGCUGAAAGUGCAGGUCUCUUCCAGCCUAAGAACUUGUUUCCACAAUGAUCUCGGUUUGUUUGCGACUUUAACAGAUGUCUUGGCCGGCACCUGUUUCGCUAGUUCAAGCUAGAGAAUAGCCUGCUUGAAGUACAUAGUUUCAACUUCGACCAAAAAAAAAAAAAAAGUACAUAGUUUCAACAGUCAAUAGAAUGGCAACAUCAGAUGGACACUGUGGCAUGGUAAUAGUAUCCCACACCAUCCUCCACAUGCAAGCUUAAUAAUGUAGAUGAUGUUCAUAAUUUAUAAUUCACUAAUUAGAGAUUAGUGAAGGAAAUUUCUUCCAAUCAUAGCUCUGAUUGAUGGAUUAGAAAUAUGGAUAUCAGUCCUAAAUUGUAACCCACCAAUCCAACACAUGUAUGGAGAAAAUUUCUUUCAAUUAAGGAUAGAGGGAAAUACAGCCGUUUAAAAA